CUCAACUAUGGCGGCUGCUUUUGUGAGAUCGAAAGUGCCCUUAAGAGGCUUAAAAACAUCAAAAUAUACCUGUUUCCUAAAUUCAGAUUUCCAAAAAUGUCAUGCAGCAUCAUACUUUAUGUUGAGAAGAAGCUAUAGCAAUAAUGUUUCGUCUGAUAAGAAGGUCCGAAUCGGUUGUGCCAGCGCUUUUUGGGGAGACACUGCUGUGGCUGCGCCGCAGCUCAUACAGAAAGGCAAUGUUGACUAUCUCGUCUUCGACUACCUAUCUGAAAUUACCAUGUCACUUCUUACUGCGGUGAAAAGUCGUAUGCCGGAGAUGGGCUUCGCGCCAGAUUUUAUCCAUGUUGUCAUCGCUCCCUUCAUCAAAGAUAUCAAAAGCAAAGGGAUUCGAGUAAUCAGUAAUGCCGGAGGUGUGAAUCCUCACAGCUGUGCUCGAGCCAUCAAGAAAAUCUGUAAUGAUGCGGGGAUUGAGAUGAAAAUAGCAGUUGUAACUGGCGAUGAUAUCAUGCCAUUGAUUAAUGAGGAAAGGGUCGAAGCCUUGAUGAGAAAGGAAAUCAGUCAGAUGGGUUUCAAAGAUCUCGUGUCAGGAGAAGCUUUUCCCAGGACAGUUCAUAGCAUGAAUGCAUACUUGGGUGCUGGUCCAAUAGCUCGAGCUCUCGACCUCGGUGCGGACAUUGUCAUCACAGGAAGAUGUGCCGAUAGUGCCGUCGCAUUGGGACCAUUAAUACAUGAGUUCAAAUGGGCGAAGGAUAAUUAUGAUUUAUUGGCUGCGGGGAGCUUGGCGGGUCAUCUUAUUGAAUGUGGUGCUCAAAGUACGGGGGGAGUAUUUACAGACUGGUUCAAAAUCAAAGAUUGGGAUAAUAUCGGUUUCCCGAUCGUUGAAUGCUCAAAGGACGGCAGUUUUCUCUUGACGAAACCACCUAAAACUGGCGGGCUUGUCUCACCGGCCACCGUCGGAGAGCAGCUCGUCUAUGAGAUAGGAGACCCUGCUAAUUAUUUACUGCCUGAUGUUGUCUGUGAUUUUACUCAAGUCAAAAUUGAAGAGAUUCCAGGGCGUAUUGGCCAAGCAGUAAAAGUGACCGGUGCCAAAGGUUAUCCUGCCCCCAAGGAUUAUAAAGUAUGCGCUACAUACUCUGACGGUUACAGGGCAACAGCUGUCUGCCUUGUCGGCGGGCCGGAGUCAGUCAUGAAGGGUAAGAAGACAGCGGAGGCUAUCUUAAAAAGGACCAGAGUGAUGUUUAAACAGUUGGGAAUGGAGGAUUAUAUGAAUGUCAAUGUUCAAGUAAUUGGUUCCGAGUCAACGUAUGGAAAUCAAGCACAUAUCAACUAUGACUUACGAGAAUCAGCUGUUUGGAUAGCAGUUCACCACAGAAACAAAAAGGCACUUGAGUUUUUUGCCCGAGAGAUUGCUCCUGCUGGCACAGGCAUGGCUCCAGGUCUGACAACGAUUGUUGGAGGGAGGCCUAAAGUAUCCCCAGUUCUAAAAUUGUUCUCAUAUUUAAUUCCACGAGACAUGGUGAAGGUCGAGUUGAGUAUAAAUGACGAUCACCUAGAGAUCCUUGAGGAGCUGGCAGUCAGUGAGUCUCAAGACCGAGCUGCCCCAGUGCCUGCACCAGCCCAACGUCUUCCCCGAGGUGACUAUACAUUCAGACUAGAAGAGCUCAUCUAUGCCAGGAGUGGUGACAAGGGGAAUACGGUUAAUAUUGGCAUUCUUGCCCGCCAUCCAUCGUACGUGCCAUACUUAAGACAAGCCCUGACGCCUCGAACUGUGGCCAGGUUUUUCCAGCAUCUCUUUGAGGAUGGAGAAAACCCAGAAGAAUGUGUGGAGAGAUAUGAGUUACCUGGUAUAGAUGGCUUUAACUUCGUGUUAAAGAACGCCCUCGGUGGUGGUGGGAUCGCAUCGUUACGCACAGACCCGCAAGGAAAAGCUGUCGCUCAAAUGUUCUUGGACUUCAGAGUAAAAGGUGUGCCAAACUUAGUCAAAAUAGCCAGAGACGAAAUGGAAAUUAACUUAUAGUAUAUUCACACAGACACUGUAGAUGACUUUGUAUAUGAUUUGUUUUAGGUAAUUACUACUGUUAAGGCCUUUAAUGGGACACUUAUUCUAUACCUCUGAUAGAUCAGACUCGAGCAUUUUCUUCUUUGGAAGCAAGGUGGAAAAAUUGACCUCAGGGAUUUUUGACCAAAAAGGAAAAAAAAUUCACAAUGUUCUGUUCUGAAAGGUACUGUGGAACUUGGGACUGGGAUUUGGUCUUCUUGAAAUAGAGGAGUCUCGUGAUUGCACAGGUUAAAUUAAAUGGAAAUUACCAAUUUCAGUGUCCUGAAUAGAGAGCAUGUUCUACUUACAGAGGUGUCGGCUGAGGGAGGUUCCAUGUAUGAGAGGGCAUAAUUUUUCAAUUUCACAAUUAUGAAUGGAUAAUCGUUUUUGUUGGACCUUUGGAGGUAAUCAGGAUAUCAAAUUGACCUGUGAUGACUGUCGUGAAUGAGUGAUUUUUGUCACGUGCAAUCAUGAUUGCAGGUAGUAACAGGGAUUUAAAUUGCAUGUUUGCGAGCCCUUAAACUCCUUUAAAACUUGAAAUGGUUUUUUGAUGCUUUUCUUGAGAAAAAUAUGACAGAGUGUUGAUCUGGUCAAAUGAGUACCUCAGGUGCACUUCAGGGUAGUUAAUUUAUGUUAAAUGAAGACAUUUUGUGAAUAACCACUUGGCGUUAAAAUACAUGUACAUGUAAGCAAUUUGUUACCAUAAUUGGUGUUAGGUCAGGUGGUACUAUAUAGCCCCUGUGUACAUUUACGCGAAUUGCAAGCUAUUUUUGACACCUCUGGAGUUAAUUGUAGUACUACCUUACCUUACAUCGAUGUAAACCACAUAUUGUUUGAGGGUAUGUUACAGUCCCAAAAACCUAAAGUAAAAUUGUAGUUUACGUGGGGACUAAGUUUGUUAAAUUCUGUGAUAUAUUGUUGUUUAUAUUCAAGGCCCCUUUGAGGACUUUUGAUUUUAGGUGGAUUUCAGACUGACUUCUUCCUCUUAUAAAUGCUAAAUUUGAUAGCUGUUGAUGGUAAUUAUUCCUUGGGUAAGGAGUUGAUAGUGCUCCUUUAUGGGACAUGCGAUGUUGUAAAUGCUAAUUCUAAGAGUGUAAAUAAAAGGAAUAUGUGGUUUGAAAUGAA